AUGGACGUGCCCAUCUACUACACACGCGCGGAGUACAUUGAGACGGACACUGGGAACAAAGUCUCGCGACGCGCGACCAUUGCCGGUCCCCAGAAUAUCAUCCUCGGCGGCAAGACUAUUAUAUCCAGCGGCGCAAUUAUUCGCGGAGACCUGCGGAGGACAGGCCCUGGCCAUGCGGUGGUCAUCUCGCUCGGGCGGUAUUGUCUCAUAGGCGAAGGAUGUGUUAUGCGACCGCCAUACAAGACUUACCGCGGCAACUUCAACUACUACCCCAUGAAGAUCGGCGACCACGUCCACAUUGGGGCAAACACGAUCGUCGAGGCUGCCACUAUCGGGAAUCAUGUUGAGAUAGGGAAGAACUGUGUUAUUGGUAAAUUCACCAUUAUCAAGGACUGCGCGAAGAUCGCAGACAAUACGAUGAUUCCACCGAACACUGUCAUUCCUGCGUUGUCGUUGUUUGCAGGCUCUCCAGGGCGGUUUGUCGAGGAUCUUCCGGAAUCUACCCAGGAGAUGGUCGAAGCGCAGACCAAACAGUACUAUACCCGCUUUCAGCCCUUGCCAUCUGAACGAUAA